AUGGCGGACCCAGCUCAGCCUCGCCCUGCGGGCUUCAACACGGAAAGCACUCGAACCCUUCUCAGAGUCGUCAUUCUCUGCCUCAUUGCCGCCGCUGCUAUUGCGAGCCGCCUCUUCUCCGUGAUCCGCUUUGAAAGCAUCAUUCACGAAUUUGACCCGUGGUUCAACUUCCGAGCGACCAAGUAUCUCGUCGAGAACGGUUUCUACAGCUUCUGGGACUGGUUCGACGACCGGACAUGGCACCCCCUGGGCCGCGUCACGGGCGGCACCCUGUACCCCGGCCUCAUGGUCACCAGUGGCAUCAUCUACCAUGCCCUGCGGGCCAUUUCCAUCCCCGUCGACAUUCGAAACAUCUGCGUUCUUCUCGCGCCGGCCUUCUCGGGCCUCACGGCCUUUGCGGCUUACCUGCUGACGAAUGAGAUGACCACGUCGCCUUCGGCCGGCCUUCUUGCUGCCAUCUUCAUGGGCAUCGCCCCGGGCUACAUCUCGAGAUCGGUGGCGGGAAGCUACGACAACGAGGCCAUUGCCAUCUUCCUCCUCGUCUUCACCUUUUAUCUGUGGAUCAAGGCCCUCAAGCUGGGCUCCAUGCUGUGGAGUCUUUUCUGCGCCCUUUCCUAUGGCUACAUGGUGGCCUCCUGGGGUGGAUACGCCUUCAUCACCUGCAUCUUACCCCUCCAUGCCUUCGUCCUCAUCUGUAUGGGGAGGUAUAGCCCUCGACUCUAUGUUGCCUACUCCACCUGGUACACUUUGGGAACGCUGGCCAGCAUGCAAAUCCCCUUUGUCGGCUUUUUGCCUGUCAAGACGAGCGAGCACAUGCCGGCUCUUGGCAUCUUUGGCUUCCUCCAGCUGGUCGGCUUCAUUCAGUUUGUGCGAGCUGCCAUUCCCAGCCGACAGUUCCAGACCUUCCUCUACACCAUCGUCAUUGCCACCUUUGGCAUUGGCAUACUGGGGCUUGUCGCUCUCACGUCUCUGGGGUACAUUGCGCCAUGGAGUGGCCGCUUCUACUCUCUCUGGGAUACUGGCUAUGCGAAGAUACACAUCCCCAUCAUCGCUUCGGUGUCGGAGCAUCAGCCGCCUGCUUGGCCCGCAUUCUUUUUUGACCUCAACAUGCUCAUCUGGCUGUUCCCGGCCGGCAUCUACCUGUGCUUCCAGGAACUCCGAGAUGAGCACGUCUUCGUCAUCGUCUACGGCCUCUUCGGCAGCUACUUCGCCGGCGUCAUGGUCCGACUCAUGCUCACCCUGACGCCCAUUGUUUGCGUCGCUGCCGCCCUCGCCGUGUCCCGCAUUCUAGACACAUACGUCACCACCAAGUCCCCCGACCCUGCUAAGGUGCAGAGUGCUUCCGAGGCGACCACCAAGAAGGCUGCCAAGAGCCAUGGCCUUCGCGGAAGCGAGAAGCCGAUUAUUGGAAUCUUCAGCACAAUUCCCAAGGUUGGCGCGACCGCGUCUGUCAUUGUGUACCUGCUCAUGUUUGUCACUCACUGCACCUGGGUCACCUCCAACGCCUACUCUUCGCCUUCGGUUGUCCUCGCGAGUCGAAUGCCUGAUGGCAGUCAGCACAUCAUUGAUGACUACCGCGAGGCGUAUCAGUGGCUCCGGCAGAACACCAAGGAGGAUGCCAAGAUUAUGUCGUGGUGGGACUAUGGCUACCAGAUUGGGGGCAUGGCUGACCGGCCGACCUUGGUGGACAACAACACUUGGAAUAACACUCAUAUUGCGACUGUGGGCAAGGCCAUGGCCUCUCCCGAAGAGGUUGCCUACCCCAUUAUGCGGCAGCACGAGGUCGACUAUGUGCUGGUGGUGUUUGGUGGGCUGCUCGGAUACUCGGGCGACGACAUCAACAAGUUCCUCUGGAUGGUCCGCAUUGCAGAGGGCAUCUGGCCCGACGAGAUCAAGGAACGCGACUUCUUCACUGCCCGCGGCGAGUAUCGCGUGGACGCUGAGGCGACGGAUGCCAUGAAGAACAGCUUGAUGUACAAGAUGUGCUACUACAACUAUCACACCCUGUUCCCCCCUGGGCAGGCUGUCGAUCGUGUUCGUAGUGCUCGUCUCCCUGAUGAGGGGCCGGUUCUCAACACGGUUGAGGAGGCGUUCACCAGCGAGAACUGGAUCAUCCGCAUCUACAAAGUCAAGGAUCUCGACAACUUUGGCCGCGACCACGCUGAUGUCGCCGCGUUCGAGCGGGGACAGAAGAAGAAGAAGACGAAGAAGAGGGGACCGCGCGUCCUCCGUGACAACUAG